AUGUCGUCAAUCGGCGUCGAAGACUUCGACCGAAAUCAAAAAUGUAAACCCAACAUCCUGUGCUCUCUGUGCAUAAAGGUCAUCUCCAAGUCAACACUCCUCCGAAGAGGCAUUGGACUUGGGUUCAUCCGCAUCACGCACCAGGAUCACGCCGAAUUCCACCUUUUCCAUGCAGCCCUCAAAGACCUCCUCGAUUCAUCACGAACAGGAUGCCAUCUUUGCGCGUUGUUAAUCCAGACGAUACCAAAAGACGAAUUGAAGGAGUUUGUAUCAGGCGCUCGAGAUUUCGGUGCUAUUCAGCUGAAAGUCUGGCAGCCGAAAUGGAUGAGGAGAAAAGAUAACCCGGUGAAGAGGUGGAAGCUGGGCUCUGUCCAGGAACACUGUCUGAUCGCAUUAAUCUCACCGGCGUUCAAUAACUUGAGAAUGAUUCAUAAGUUUGUUGGUGUGGUCAGGACUCAUGGAAGGGAGAGGAAUUUGAAUUUCGAUCCUAGAGAGGUGACCAGUUUGAUAUAUGGACCGGAUCCUCUUGCGUUACGGAACUCACAUGAAGCCCGACUGAGUCGGUACAAUGGCGCUGAUUCCGUGUACGAGAUGGCUCGAAAAUGGAUUCGCGAUUGCGUUUCUGAUCAUGCUCUCUGCUGCGUCCAGACCGGAGACCGGAUUCUCCCUGCGCGGUUGAUCACGGUCGGCAGCGAUGAUUCAGACGAUGCACCAAAAGUCGUGUCAACAUCCGAGCUUGAUGCCGCUGUCCAGUAUACCACUCUGAGCUACUGCUGGGGUGGCGCCAGCCCUUUGGUUUUAACUACUAAGAAUGCAGAGGGUCUGAUGCAGCGAAUUGAUGUCAAAGAACUGCCAAAAACAGUCGCAGACGCAAUUACAGUGACUCGGGGUCUAAAGUAUCAGCAUCUAUGGGUAGACAGCCUCUGCAUCCUGCAAGAUUCGAAAGACGACUGGGAAGACGAAUCAGUGAAAAUGGGACAGAUCUACAGCAAUUCCAUCUGUACCAUCUGUGCCAGCUCCGCGGAAACUGCGGAUGAAGGAUUCUUGAAAAGCAGGAAUCCAUUAGACAGUCUUCCUUGUUGUAUUGAGGGGACGCUUGAUAAGGGAUUCUGGGCAGUGGGCAAGAUGUGGUCGUGGUUUAACAAGAAUCAGUAUCAAUCGGGGCCUGUUUGCGUCACAGACUCUGUCAAGGAUAGUGAGCGACUAUUAUCCCGCCGAAAUCUCCACUUCACAUCUCAAGGUGUGAUGUGGGAGUGUUUCACGACCGAAGCCUUUGAAUCUCUCCCUGCAGGUACAGUACUACGCAAUACGUUCCGGCGGUCUAUAUCCAAUAUCCUACACUGUCAACACGAAGAAGCCAUCAAAGAAUACACAAGCCAGUGGUCAGAUACCGCAUUCCAUGAAGCACAGUUCUCCCCCGAGCCUCUCACAUUUGAAAACGGGAUUCUAGAUCUGGGAUCCCGCUUCUCCUUCCUGGAGUACUGGGCUGAGAUUGUGAGAAAGUACACUAGUUGUGAUAUCACGAAACGCAGUGAUCGCCUUGCUGCACUUGCGGGUAUUAUAGGGGAGAUUCAGGAAGUGGUGGGGUUUGACUGUUUCUACGGAAUAUGGAAUAUGCCCGGAGAGUGGACGGCUAAGCAACUACUUUGGCGUCCUAUCAUCGGUAGAGGCGCCGAGCAACCAGCUUAUGCUCGACCGAGGCGGAGGGGCGCGCCGAGUUGGAGUUGGGUCGCGGUUGAUGGUCCGGUAGUGAUCCCUACCGCGUCGAGGAGCAUUACCAGAUACGGGUUUCCGAGCGGGCGGGUGGAAGAAGUUAUUCAUAUCGGUAAGGAAAUGGUUGAGAUUUUGGAGUUUCCUAUCACCAGCCGUGAUGGAAGGCAUGGACCGCUGCAUCUCAAGGGCAGAGUCUUGACCAAACCACGACGUGAGAUCAAUGCUUGGUAUUGCAUCCUUGAUACAUCUGAGCCCGCUCAAAUAUACCCAAGGGAGGUUUUCUUCCUGUUGGUGUUCGAUCACAAUGCCAGUUUUCGUCCAGGAGAAAAGAGGAAGAAGAAGGAAGAAGAAGUGCCGCAGCUGGAAGGAUUGAUACUGGGAUAG